CUUGAACGUCGUGGCGAAAGUCUCAUUUCAGUCGCUCAGGCAAAUGAAGGCCAGGGCACGAAGGGGAUUCUGUUCGGUUUAAGGCUACUCUUUUGGCUUGGCCUUUAGUCGUUUAGUAUUGCGUGCCCUAAGGUCUUGAAGAACAUAAGGACCCCGCACAAUGUAGCUGCCCUCGGUAAUUUGAUUUUCUUUUUAACUAUAAUCCUGUGCGUUCAAAGUAUAAUUGCAGUAGGCCUACAUUCACUCCAUGCUCAAACUGGACUUAUAAUGGAAUUUUUGUUGCUUGUAUUAACAGGAAUCUCGGUCAGCAAGGGGGAUAAAACAGAUAAAACGCCCGAUAUAAAGUAGAGGAUUAACGUUCAAUGGGUCUUGGGUUUAUUAUGUAUGGACUGGCUCUUAUAAAUGUACUGCACACUUGAUUCUCAUUGAGAAAAUAUUGCGCAUAACAGUAGUUUUUUCUUCACAGAUCAGCUUUGGUAGAAUGGCGUGGCUAUUAAUGUGCAUCUAUGUAUAAAUUUGUAGUGAAAGUUAUUCAUCUAUAUUAAUGUGCUAAAAAAAUUAUCUAUACAAAUAUAUUUGACGAGAGUCUGGGCCGUAGGCUUCACCCUAUGCAGCCUAUAUCUGUUACAUAACUUGAAAAAACUUUUCAUCUCGACUGUAUCCUUCUUUUUUUCUCUCCGUGAUGGUAUAAAGCUUGAAGAAUCGGCCAAGGUUACUUUGGAUAUGCUUCCAUGGAUCCAUCCCAUGCACAAAAGGUUUAUUUCAAAUAGUAGAAUCCCAUCUAUUCCUUGGUAGAAACCUUCAAAAUUAGAUGAAUAUACCUACCUGCUUACAAGACGUUAUCAUCCCCAUUUGAUUAGAUAAGAGGUGAGCCUCCAGCAGGCGAAGGUGGCGCGCACGGCCGGUGUCGCCCCUCCAACACCAGUUAGCCCGAAGCGACCAUAAAUAACGCGCCCACUUCCUCCACCACAUAUUACAGUUAUGGCGACGCAAUUGUGUGAUAAUAUGUCUGUGUGAAAUGGUGAUGGUUAUUGGGGCUAAUAAAUGAGUUGUUUUGUUUACAGGAACAUAACGGCUUCUCCACGUAAUUUGAGGAAAGUUUGAUGCUAGAGACCCAACAGCACAGCAUUAACGGCUCUAUGGCAGGGCAGUUGUGGGGAAGUCUGAGCCGCUGUCUGUGGCGCGAGGACUUCUGGCUCCCCGAGGGCUUGGCGUGGGACGACCUCCGAUCCACAGACCAGCUCCACUACCCGGAUCCGUUCGACAUCUGGUUCUAUCCACUCAUUCUCAGCGGCGUUUAUAUCCUAGUCUGCAGCUGGAUCGUGGAGCCUCUCGUUCUCGCUCCUUUGGCGACUCUGCUGGGUGUCUCGAACACGCGAUACCCAAGACCGCAGCCAAAUGAGACUCUGGAGAACCUCUACCGAAAAUACCACAUGAAAGUGCCACUCAAGGCACUAAUCAAGUCCUCGGAGACGACGGGCUUAAACGAACGCCAGAUAGAAAGGUGGUUACGCAGCAGGUACAAGUCUCAGCGCUUCAACCAGCGCGAUAUGUUCAUCGACUGCGGAAUUAAACUUCUAGGCCACACAAUGUUCGCUGUUUAUGGGUAUAGCAUCAUGUUCUCAAAGCCUUGGGUGUGGGACAUCACACUGUGCUGGGAGAAUUAUCCAUUCCAUACCUUACAGAGUGACAUAUGGUGGUAUUAUAUCUCUGUUCUCACUGUAUACUGGAAGCUCUUUGUAUCCGAGUCCUUACAGCCAGGGAGGAAACAGGAUGACCGACUGUUCAUGAUCCUCCACCACGCCGUUACAGUCCUCCUCAUGACAUUCUCAUGGACGUGCAACUUCAUAAGAAUUGGAAGCCUAGUGCUGAUGGUCCACGAGAUCGCCGACGUCCCCCUCCUGGCCGCCAAGAUGUGCAGGUACGCGGGCAAAGAAGCGGCUGCCAACAUCAUCUUCCCUCUGUUCCUCGUCGUCUGGAUCGUGACUCGCUGCAUCCUGUACCCCUUUUGGAUCAUGCGCAGUGUGUUCUUCGAUACCACGCGGUACAAGUUCAUGCCCUCGGCCUACGUGUUCAUAGCACUCCUAACGGGGCUCCUCAUGCUCAAUCUGAUUUGGACGUGGCUGAUCCUCAGCAUCGUUGUCAAGAAGAUUCGAGGAGGGAAACUAAAAGAUUUCAGAUCAUCCUCCGAGAGUGAAAAUGAAGAGGAAAAUAAGAAAAGAAGAUAAUGGUAUAACAUCAAAGUAUCUCUCACUGUUAACCUGCCUGCAUAUUUCAUACUGCUUUUACCAUUCUCAUAUGUAUAACAUUAAUUGCAGUAUAAAAAAACAGUGAUGCUCUUGUAACUGUAUAACGUGUUGGAAAACUUUAUCAUUAGAAGCAUAUCAUUAUGAUUAUCAUUGUCAUUGUUGUUAUUAUUAUUAUUAUUAUUAUAAGUAUUUAUUAUUAUUAUAAAAAUGACAGUGCUGUUCGAGUAAUUGUAUAACGUGUUGGAAAACUCCAUCAUUAGAAAUAUUUCAUUAUCAUUAUUACUGUUAUCAUUAUCAUUAUUGUUAUUAUUAUUAUUUUGUAUUGUUGUUGUUGCUGAUGUCAUCAUCAUCAUCAUCAUCACCAUUAUCAUUAUUAUUAUUAUUAUUAUCAUUAUUAUUACUGCUCUUGUUGUUGUCAUUAUCAUUUUAUCAUUAUAUUUUAUAUUAUCAUUACUACUAUCAUUAUUAUUAUCACUACCAUUACCAUCAUUAUCAUUAUUAUUAUUAUUAUCAUUAUUAUUUUUACUGUUAUUAUUUUAUUAUUAUUGUUAUUAUUACUAUUGUUAUUAUUAUCAUUACUACUACUACUACUACUACUACUACUACUAUUAUUAUUUCUAUCAUUAUUAUUAUUUUUUUAUUGUCAUUAUUAUCAUCAUCAUUAUUAUUGUUAUUAUCAUUAUUAAUAUUGCUAUUAUUAUCAUAAUCAGUAUCAUUAUCAAAAUUAUCAGUAUUAUUAUCAUUGUUAUUAUCAUUAUUGUUGUUUUUAUUAUUAUGAUUAUUAUCAUUAUCACUAUCCUUACAAUUGUAAUCACUAUUAUCAUUGGUAUCAUUAAUAAUGCUUUUGUUUUUAUUAUCACUGUCAUCAUCGCCAUCAUCAUUAGUAUUAGUAAUAUUCAUUACCAUUACUGUUAUCGUUAUUAUUUUUAUAAUUGUAAUUAUUAUUAUCAUUAUCAUUAUUAUCAUGAUAAUAAUAAUUCUUAUUUUUAUCAUCAGUAGUAGUUGUAUUGUUAAUAUUAUCAUUAUUAUAAUUAAUAUUGUUUUUAUCAUUAUUCUUACUCUCAUUACUAUUAUUUUUAUCCUUAUUGUCAUUAUUAUUAUUAUUAACACUAUUUUUGUUAUAAUUAUCAUUAUAAUUAUUACUAUUAUCAUUAUCAUCAUUAUUAUUAAUAUCAUUAUCAUUAUUAUCAUCAUUAUUGUUGUUAUUAUUAUCAUUGUUAUUAUUAUUAUCAUUAUCAUUAUUAUUAUUAUUAUUAUUAUUAUCAUUAUUAUUUUUACUCUUAUCAUCUUUAUUACUAUUAUGAUAGCCAUCACUGUUAUUACUGUUAAUGAUGUAUACUGAUGGCAAAAGUUAUGUGUUCACUCGUAAAGGAAGAAAAUCUCAUAUCAUUUUACUACCUUUCGUAAUCUAUAUAUCUGUAUAUCAUAUUUCUUGUAUGUUAGUUAUACCUGUUCAUAUUUUCGAAAUUAUUCUGGUAAUCAUAUAAUCAUGUGAGGAACUACUGUACCGGAUAGCUACACAUUAGCUGUUCUUGGUACAUAUUUCCAUUUAAUAUUUAUUAGAUAUCCCUUUGUAUAAGGAUAAAAGCAGAUGAAUUGUUUGUUUGAAUGUUUAAUAAAUAUGGUACAUAUAAAAAUAGACAGAAAAUAAACCAAAGAAUAAGUGU